AUGGCCCCACUGCUCCUGGGGCUCCUGGGGCUCCUGGGGGUCUGGGCGCUGCUCCGCGCCCGCGCCCGCGCCCCAGCCCCACGCUGGCCCCCCGGGCCGCGCCCGCUGCCCCUCAUCGGGAACCUGCAUCUGCUGCGGCUCUCUCAGCAGGAGCACUCGCUGAUGGAGCUUGCAGAACAGUACGGGCCAGUGCUCACUGUCCAUUUCGGACGCCAGCGGACAGUGGUGCUGAGCGGCUACGAGGCGGUGAGGGAGGCGCUGGUGGGCUCGGGGCGGGCGCUGGCCGACCGGCCCCCCGUCCCCAUCUUCCAGCUCAUCCAGGGCGGCAGGGGUGUCUUCUUCUCCUCCGGGGCGCCUUGGAAGGCCGCCCGCCAGCUCACCGUGCGCACCCUCCACGGCCUGGGCGUGGGGCGGGGGCCCGUGGCCAGCAAGAUCCUGCGGGAGCUGAGCUGCCUCGUGGGGCAGCUGGACCAGCAUGGAGGCCGGCCCUUCCCCCUGGCCCUGCUGGGCUGGGCUCCCUGCAACAUCACCUUCACCCUCCUCUUCGGCGAGCGGUUCGACUACCAAGACCCUGUGUUCGUGGCCCUGCUGGGCCUCAUUGACGAGGUCAUGGUCCUCCUGGGGUCCCCGGGGCUGCAGCUGUUCAACCUGUACCCCCGGCUGGGCGCCCUCCUGCAGCUGCACCGGCCUGUCCUGAGGAAGAUCGAGGAGGUGCGCGCCAUCCUGAGGGCCCUCCUGGCGGCGCGCCGGGCGUCCUCGCCGCCGGGCGGCCCCGUGCGCAGCUACGUGGAUGCCCUGAUCCAGCAGGGCCAGGGGAGGGACCCUGACGGCCUGUUUGCCGAGGACAAUGUGGUGGCCUGUGUCCUGGACAUGGUCAUGGCCGGCACGGAGACCACCUCAGCCACGCUGCAGUGGGCCGCCCUCCUCAUGGCCAAGCACCCGGGCGUGCAGGGCCGGGUGCAGGAGGAGCUGGACCGUGUUCUGGGGCCCGGGCAGCUGCUCCGGCCGGAGGACCAGCACUCGCUGCCGUACACCAAUGCCGUGCUGCACGAGGUCCAGAGGUUCAUCACCCUCCUGCCCCACGCGCCCCGCUGCACGGCCGCCAACACCCGGCUGGGCGGCUACCUGCUGCCCAAGGGCACGCCCGUGGUCCCCCUCCUGAGCUCCGUGCUCCUGGACAAGACGCAGUGGGAGACCCCCCACCAGUUCAACCCGGGACACUUCCUGGACAGCGACGGGCGCUUCGUGAAGCGGGAGGCCUUCCUGCCGUUCUCUGCAGGCCGCCGUGUCUGCGUGGGGGAGAGCCUGGCUCGGACGGAGCUGUUCCUGCUCUUCGCCGGUCUCCUCCGCAGCUUCCGCCUGCGGCCCCCGCCUGGCCUGGGCCCUGAGGACCUGGACUCCGUGCCCACCCCCGCCUUCACCAUGCGGCCGCCCGCACAGCUCCUGUGCGCGGCGCCCAGACCCCAGGGCCACUGACCGGGGGGUCUGGCCUGUGCUCUGGACAAACUCCAGGGCCUGGGGGGGGCGUGGGUCACGCCCCGGCGACACAGUCCCUCACGCGGUCCCUCGCCUCCCCGCGGCCCCCGGUGCGGACUGUGUGGCGUGGGCCCGAGGGCUCCGUCCCGUGGCUCCGGCCAAGCUGCCUCGGGGCGCGGGGGUGGCCCGUCUUCAGGCCUCCACAGCCCCUUCCCUCCCUGCUCCCCAGGGCAGCCAGGCCCCGACCUCCUUUCUUCCGUUCCUCCUCCCCCAGGCGCGUCCCCGCCCCCCAGGGACCUCCCCACACAGCCCCUGCCGGGUGCCCCCACAGCCCGUUGGUGCCGCCCCCCCGCCAAGCCUGAAACCCGUGAAACCCUCGCCUCCAGCGCCCUGGGUCCCACUAGGCCUGAGCCUGUGACCUCCUGCCCCGUCUCCCCUGGAGAAACAGGCCAACGAGGCACCAGGGUCCAAGGGGCGCAGCCAGGCCCCGGGAGACGCCCUCUCGGGGGUGCGGGUGACUCAAUAAAGACGA